AGAGAGAGAGAGUGAGGGAGGGGGGAGAGAUAGAGAGGGGCAGGCUGCUGCUAUCAGGGAAUACUGGUGCCAUUUUCAGCAUCGCAGGGUGAAAGGAUUGAGCCUCGCCGCUGCACGCUCAGCUCGCCUCUGCUCAGACCCGCCGGACAAGAGGGGGGGGUGGACUGGAGGGACAGCGCCAGAGGAGGAGAGAACGGCUGACCCCUAACGCAGAACCAUCCUCACCCCUUCCCCCCUUUCCCCUCUCACCUUAUCUCCCCCCUCACUGCUCUGGCUACAGGAGUGAGAUAUGCAGUCCUUUCGUGAGCACAGCAGCGGUUACCACAGUAACCAGCCUUGCUACCAGCAGGAGCCCCAUGAAUUAUCCCGCCUGGAGACCUACCGGCAACACCCUCAUCAUCCCCACCCUCAGCAUCCACACCCAGGCCCUGGACCACAUCCAGGCCCAGGCCCAGGGCAGACCAGACCAGGCUAUGAAGCCCACUCCUUGGCAAACACUGCUAGCAUGCCUCCGGCUGGAGGAGGUGGAAUGGGAGGAGGAUCCAAAGACUGUUACAGCCAGCAAACCUAUGCUGGAUACCCAGGGACUCCUGGAGGGGCUGGCGGUGGAAAUGGGGGCGCAGCAGCCUCGCAGACAAAGAAGUCCUUCAGAGGAAACAAAGUGCCCCCAACAAACCCUGGUCAGCAUCUGCAGGGUUCUGGCGGGUACAAUAACCACAUGGGCUCAGCUAGUUACUCAGCCCAGUAUUUAAGUGAGGGGCAUCCCCAACAAAAGUGGGAGGACCCAGCCCAACUUGCACAGUAUGAACAGGAGAUGGUGGGGCGUUUAGAGGCUGGCAGUACCCCUACGCCUGUCUCCUCUCAGUACAUGGACCUGAACAUUAUGGGGCAUUCUCAAACCCAGUGCCAUCAGCCCUCUACCUCUAUUUAUACCAGUCCCCACAGUCAGCCUCACCCUCCUAACCUUGCCCCCUCGCCCCUUAUGUAUCCCCAGAGCCACCUGCACUACCCACAGCAUUCUCCUUCUCCAUCUCCAUACAUGGAAAAGUGCAAUCCUAUGCCUCACUGCUAUAAAGGUUACAACGUACCUCCAAAUUCCCAGUAUGUAAGACAAAUGAGCAGCCACAGCAAUCUGAAGCAAGGAAACUACAGGUCGACUCAGAAUAAUUACAGUUAUCAGCAGGCCCUCCCCAGAGUUUAUGAACAGCAGCCUUCUUUACAGUCCUUGAGUAACACCUCAGAGCCCCACCCGAAAUACCAACAGUACAACCAGCCCCAACAAAACUACUGUCUGUCAGAUCUGCCAGUCAGAUCUCCAGAGCAGUAUUAUCAGACUUGUAGCCCCUCCUCCAAUCACUCCCCUGCACGUUCUGUCGGGCGUUCACCGUCAUACAGUUCCACCCCUUCACCACUAAUGACCAAUCCAGACUCGUUUCAGUACAGCCAGCCGCCCAUGACACCUGGGGCAGCCUCAACUUCCUCGUCCUCCUCAGCUGGCAUGCAGGAGCAGGCUAAUACAAACAACAUGCUGCUGCCUCCACGGUCCCACCCAUCCCCAAACGUCUCACUCGCAGCCCCCCACAGCUUUACCUCAACACCACAACUUCCCACCAUGAAAGAACGCUUCUCAGAGAAACUGUUAUCUAACCCCAGCUUGUGGAGCCUGAAUGCCCUCACCUCCCAGGUGGAGAACAUCUCUAAUAAUGUCCAGCAGCUGCUGCUUUCUGAAGCAUUGGUUGCAAACAAAAAAGGCAGUAAACGCAGCAGUGGUGGGAGUACCAGCAGCGCAGGAAGUGGAGUGUCUUCUAAAAAGGGUGAAGAGUACAAAAGUCCUUCUUAUACAGAUAGCAGUGGUAGUAUGGGCGGGGGACCCAUGCAGGACCGCUACUCCACCCCUCAACACCAGUCAAUGCCCUUGGAAGUCCAUGAGGGUGGUUACUCCAGCAGUAGUGAAGAACCUCUGGAUAGAGGCUACUAUUACUUUGGCCAGAGCAGAAGUCCAGCUCAGGCCCACAACAACACCCAAAUUAGUCUUGACACAACUUCGUCUUGCUCGAUGGCGUCUCCAGAUGACAUGUCGACCAGGUCUGGUGACUCAGGUCUCCACAACCUAACUCCUGACCCCACCAGGUGUCAGCCAGGCCAGGUAGGUGAUGGCAUGAGCACUCCUGCAAAAAGCAUCAGUGAUGAGCGAUCUCCUACAAGCAUUAUGAUUCCCAGCCCAAUGAAACAAGAAAGAGAUUCCCCAACAAAUGUGCAAAGCAUCAUUGAGUCUGUCAAAGAGAAUUUUGAAGAGUCUGCAUGGAUGGAUAAAUCCGUUGAAAAAGAGGAGGAGACAAUAGAGAAAAAACAUGACUGGGAGAGACUUUCAGAUUCAACCAAGUCAACGGAGAAGCCAGAGAAGUGGUCAGAUGAAGAAAAAUGCCAAGCAGCCUACAGCAAAAUAAAUACAGGUAUGACAGAAAAACAUUAUUGUUAUGAGAAUGAAGUGUACCAGGAGGUCCAGGGAAAAUAUGACCCUGAUGCAGCAGAUUCUGUUGAAGAGUCUCCAGCAGAUCUCUCUGACUCGAGCAACAAAGAUCCAUUUGGUCAGGAGAUUAAGUCAGAGGCAUUCAAAUCAGAAUCUCCAACAGCUUCUGAAAGCUCAGUGAAAACAUUUCCUUUUAUUUCAAGGGGUGACCUUGAGCAGGAUCAAUAUUCCAUUGAAAAGGAUGAUAGCUCAGAGAACGCAAGCCUGACACCCCAAGCUGAAGUCUUGGAAGACUGUGACUUGGAUAAAAGAGACAGCAGAGAUCAAGAGAAUGAAGAAAGAGACGAGGAAGAGGGUACGGGAAAGGAGAAGGCCGUUGAAGAUGAGCAAGACAUGCAGAAAAAACGAGAAAGCUCAGCUUCCCCUCAUUUGUCUGAAGAGGUGAGAGUAGACCUAGGGGAGGGGAAGAAACUGAGCCAGUCAUCGACUGAAGAGCACAUGAAUAAUAGAAAUAGCCAAGAGAAUCCUUCUGGAGAUCUUUUCAGUAGAACAGAGAGUCUGAGCUCUGAGUUCAAUACAGACGAUGAAUUUGCAGGGGCAUUUGUCAGGGCAAAUUUAGCAUCAGCCAAUGCAGCAAUAGAUCCUUCUGCGAGAGAGUCAGCCAUUGGUGACACUGUCCCUCAGUCUCAAUCUGCCAUGCCAGUUUUCUCUGCUCUCACCGAAAAGGCAGCACCUCCGGCGCAAGGAAGGGAUCAUAUUGAUCACAGUGAUGCUAAAGUGCUGGAGCCAGACUCUCCUCAGCUGCCGGGGAAGUCAAUACUCCCGUCAGCUCCUUCCUGGGCAAACACGCCACCUUCCCCCAAAAAAGGUGAUGAAGAUUUAGAAUCAGGCAUCAGCUGCACCAGUGCCAUGACUCCAUUGGCUAAGCCAGAGCCUGUAGCUCCAUCUUCCCAACCAAGAUCCUUUGGACGUAAGCACGCCAGAGGCAGACGGAGAAUAACUCAUUCAGGUGUGGGGAUACGUCAACAGUUAAGUUUGGAGAGGGAAGAGGAAAAGGAUGAGGAAAGAGCCACGUCUCCCUCACAAAAUUUAGACAUGACUCCCAGCAAGACUGAGCUAUACUCAGAUCACACUGACCUCGCACAUCAGGACUCGAUUGUAAGUCGGACUUCCAGAAUGGUGACUGAUGGGUUUCGCUCGAGAAUGUGCACCCGCUCAUUCAAUGCAACAGAUGUGCAAUCCAAAACUGAACUUAGCUUAAAGAGGAAGCCAGGACCAAAACCGGGUUCAAAACCUGGACCAAAGUCAGGAGUAAAACCAGGGGUGAAGCCAGGGCCUAAGCCUGGACUAAAAUCCAUUUCAAAACCUGGACCAAAACCUGGACCAAAGCCAGGACAAAAACCUUUACAUAAUGAAACAGAAAUACCAGUGAAGACUGACUCUAAUGUUAAACGUAAACCAGGACCCAAACCAGGUUCAAGGCUCAGAUCGAAGCCUAUAUCAAUACCUGUCCCAAAACCAGGCCCAAAACCUGAACCUAAACUGACUCCUAAGCCUGGACUCAAGCUUGAAGAUGCUUUGACCCCAACAGAUACUCCCUCAAUUAAAGGUGUAGUAGGCCGACCCAAGGGCUCCAUAGCUAAAGUAAAACUGGUGCAACAGGAAGUCACCAUUGAACCUUGCACAGGACAGCAAAGCAGAGGUAGAAAAAGCCUUAAAACCUCAAUACCCCAAUUAAACCAGGAAACUAAACCAACACAAGCAGACAGUCAAGCACAACCUGAGGCAAAGGCAGUAGAAAACGAGAGUAAGAACAUGGUGUUGAGAUCUAGAAAACCCUCAAAGGACAAACUGGAAAAUGAAAAAAAGAAAAUCACACAAGGAGACACCCACACACUACUGGAAAUUAAAGUCAGGGAUGCUUCUCCAGUAAGAGAGGAAAUUGUUGAUGUAGAGCUGACUCCAACACCGGUUUCUGAUAUCGUUAAAACACCAGAGGCUUCUGACACACCUGCACCACCUUCACCAUUAGACGCCCUCCUGCAAUCUGAAAAAAAGCCCUCCCCACAACUAAAACGCAAAUCCCCAGAUAAUUUUACAACACCCAUCAAGAAAAAGAGGGGUCCAAAGCCCAAACCAAAACCCUCACCACCUCAACCUGAAACACAGGAACAGGUUGACCCAAUACCGACAGAAAAAAGUGUGCGAGGCCCCAGAAGAAAGCGCGGCCCACCAAAAAAGGCCUCCACAUUGACCCCCAUGACCAAAGAUCCCCCUUUAAACAUUGCCGUCCCUGAUGCUGUGGGUGAUGUGGCGGUAAAUCCUCAUCAGUGCCCUACCAAAACUAAAGUUCUCCCACCACGGAAAGGCAGGGGUCAAAAAUAUGAGGCCAUGGUACAGAAAAUUACUUCUCCAAGUUCUAAGAAACACAUGCCAACACCUCACCCAGACGGCAAUCUAAUGGAUGAUGCUGCAAACAAGGUUUCUUCUGACCAUGUUCUAAAAGAAAGUGAGAUCCCUGUUCAGAUCAAUAAUACAGAGAUGUUAGAACCUGGGAAAGAGGGGUCAAAGCAGCAGGAAGCAUCAGUCAGUAAAGAGGAGAUGACACAAGAAGGAAAAAAUCAGGAAAGGAGUGAGGAGGGGUUAACAGCAGAAGGGUUGAGACACAAGCAAAAAGAUGAGGUAUCCAAUAAGACCGAGAAGAAACAGGUACCCUUUAAAGUAGACACACAGCGGGAUCUUGCAGACUGUAAUGACUUGGGUUCAACAGACACCCAUUUAGAUGUAGGGGGUUUAGGUGAGUUGACACACCAGGCAUCAGAAAGUGUAAUCACUGCUGCCAUCAAAUCCACUAGAGCUAAAAGGAAGAGAUGGGCAAUGGUAGAGAGUGCAGAUGUUUCAGUAGUAGCCUUAGAAGCGGGAAGCCUAAUAGUCACAACCCCAAGGUUAGCAAAGCAGAGGGCCAUUAAAAACAACCACGAAAUGCACCUUAAACAGAGAAGGAAGAAGAGAAAAGACCAGGAAACCUCAGAGAAAAGUGAUACAGUUGGAGAGACCAACACUGAAGUGAUAAAACAAGAGGAAUCAGCAGAUGAGAAAGUGACCCCUAUGGAAACCACGACAUCGCUGCCAGUUAGCCAGGAUGAGAUUCUAGAAGACCCCCAGUUUAUCAAAACAGAAAUAGUCGAGAAACCUCGAAGAGGUCGAAAACCAUCAGCAAACUCGACUAAAAGGAAAAGAAGCAAAACCCCAAUAAAACAGUUACCUGCCAAGCCGUUGAAAGUUCACAAAAAGCCAGGGCCAAAACCUGGCAUGAAGGAUGCUAUUGAGGUAAUUGAGGCUGUUGUUAGGGCUGCUGGUUGUGAACAGGCCAAAAAAGAGGAAAGAGAAAUAGAGGAGAGGGCAAGAUUGGAAAAGGAGAAUCCAGACCAGCAAGAGACAAGCAUUGUGGGUCCUGUGGUGACUGUAAUGGAGAAACUGACGGAGGUCAUUUCUGUGAAAAGAAUCAGGCGCAGACCGAUCUAUCAAAAUUCUAAGCUGUCUUUUUGUCCCUACGUACGAAUCAACAACUCCAGGGACUUUUCAUCCUGGUGUGCCAUAGUCAACAAGCCGGAGGACGCAGUGGUAUUUCAGAGACGGAGAAAGAAGGGUAUCAUCAGAAUGAGGAAUCCUUUCACUGUGGCAAAGGUGACCCCACACACAGCUGCCAUGAUUCAGGGACCUAUGGUCAAUACAGAUCUGACUGGUAGGAGUCUUUCAUGUUGUCUUUGUGGAAAGCCAGCAAAUUACAAAGACCUCGGGGAUUUGUGUGGACCAUACUACGCAGAAUCUAGUGUUCCGCGUAAAGUUUUGACCAUCACACACACAGAAUCCUUCAAAGAAGAGUCAAACACAACUUGUGCCAACGACUGUAGCACUACUGAAGAACCAGGCACUUCGAAGAACAACGCUGAGGUCAACGUGGACAAAGAAGGAAACACAGAAGCAUCAUCUCAAGAGCCCAGCAGCAGGAAGCAUCAUCACUGGCGCUAUCGGCGAGCAGAAAGACCUGAAAGAUCAUGUCGGGAAGGUGGUCCACGAAGAUUAACACUCAGAGAGAGGUUCAGGAAAAUGAAGCAUCUUCAGACCCUCCGCAAAGAGGCUUCAGAGGACCAGGAGAGAACCAACAGCAUUUUCCAACGGCUACAAAUGGAAGCAGAGGCCAGUGAGCACUGGGCGCAUGAAAACUGUGCCAUUUGGACCAAGGGGGUAAUUAUGGUGGCUGGGAGACUGUAUGGACUGAAGGAGGCUGCCAACAGCUCAGCACAAACGGCUGUACAUUCCACGAAGAUGAUUUCUCCAUCAAAUGUCCAAAACAUGAGGACCUGUAAGAUAUUCCUGUGUUCCACAUUCACCGCCAUUCAGCCACCAAGGCUCCAACAGAACGCACAGCGAUGACGAAUGAUGGAGAGGCACGUUGGCCGGAGGCUGCACUGCGGUGGCGCCGGGAGCAGUUCAAACCCUGAAGAGUCGCGCUGCUCGGACUAGAAAUGGGAUUUCUCAGAGGAGUCCGUUGCAGCGAGGCGGAAGGCGGUGGCACUGUUUAACAGGAGGACACGCUUUGUCUGAAGCCUUGUGCACAUUUGGGGAGGGGGGGCUGCUUAAAAUGCAGAGGGAAGAGCACGCGUGUGCUCUGCCUUCGGAUGGGUUGCUAUCAUCCUCAGACAGCUGGCAGACACUGAUUGGACAGGAACAUCCCUCUGGCCACCUUGUCCGCGGGCCAACAGGUGCACACGUGCGUGCUGGAGCCUCUCUAGGAGUGUGUGUGAUAAGCAUUUUCAUUCCACGUGCACAUCAUAGUCGGUUUCCAUGAGUGUGAGCGUAAAAAGCAUCUUCAAUGCACCACCACAGAAAAAAAAAUUAAAAAAAAAGAAAAAACAGCAGCCAAACCACUGGAUGUAGUGUCUCAAUCUGUGCAUUCGUGUUGAAAACAAGAGACAAAAUGUGAGGAAAGUGUACAUGACGAUGUGCUUCACAGGUUCUAAAUAUUCCGAUAUCCAAGAGUUAUAAUGGACGCAGUAUUUUAAUAUAAUGCUCUUAUCUUUGGAGAUGUAUUUUAAUGUGCAUUAUGACUAAACAUCAUUGCGUCAUAUUGGUAUAUGUCGGGCUUUGUGUUAUUCAGAAACUGUAAAAAAAAAUGUAUAAAGGUAUUUAUAAAAAAAAAAGACAAAAAUAUGAAUUCUGUUUAAGAGUUUAUUUCCAUCCGAAAUGUACAGUCACCAUGGUUACAGAUGAGGAAGCAGCCCCAUCUCACUUCAUGAGUCUGUACAGUUCCGGAGUAUUAACCGUGAUGACGUCACACGCCGCGAUUCCACCUGUCCGUCUGAAGAAAAUGUAGCCUCUUUUGCUCUGGCGUGAUCACGUCAGAGCGGGAGCCCAAGUUCUGGUCACAUCAAAAGUGGACAUUUUUAAGUAUUGAAAAAGAAAAAAAAGAAAGAAAGAAAUUGCAAAAAACUGCACAUUAAAACCUUCUCUUUUCUGAGGCUCGUUAUUUAAUGGUGUACAUAGGUCUUUGAUGCUGUUUAAAUGUAAGAUGUGAUGUACUAAUAUAAUUGUGUAUAGUAUUUCUUAGAGAUGUUUAUUUUCUAUAAAAUGGAAUAUGUUAUUGCUUAUAAAAUGUUAUUAAAAGAACCCAUUCAUGACAAAAAAAAAUAAUGAUAAUAAUAAUAAUGCCAAUCUUUUUGGGAAUGUCACUUGUCUUAAGUGGGAGCAUGCCGUUUUAUUGAUUUUCAUGUCGAUUUGUUCGGACUUGAUGACACAGCAUCACUUUGUUUGAGAUGUUUUUUUUGUAACGCCAAUGUUAAAUAUACCAGCACUUUUCAAUGCUGCUACGACCAAA